UUCUUACCCACCCCACCUCAUCGGAACCUUCUAGAAGCACCAAAAAUCCUAACGGAAACUCUCCUUCUCCCUGCAGUUUUGGCUCCAGAUCUGCGCUAGCAACAUCGAAUCUUCAGUCAAGUAAUUAAGAAGAUAUGAGUACACCACCGAUAGAACGGAACGGAGAAACGAUGGCUAGUGAAACGGCGAGGUCUGUUCCGACGCCGUUUCUAACAAAGACGUACCAGCUCGUGGAGGAUCAAUCCAUUGACGACGUGAUCUCUUGGAAUGAAGAUGGAUCUACUUUCAUCGUUUGGAAUCCAACGGAGUUUGCUAGAGAUUUGCUUCCUAAAUAUUUUAAGCAUAAUAAUUUCUCUAGCUUCGUUCGCCAGCUCAACACCUAUGGAUUUCGGAAAGUCGUACCUGAUCGAUGGGAAUUCGCAAACGACUGUUUUCGAAAAGGUGAUAAAAGUCUCUUACGUGAUAUCCUGCGUCGAAAGGUAGUAACCACGCCAAUUGCAACCGCGGUCGCGGCUGUGCCUGUGCCUGCGCCUGUGGUUGCUCCGCCUGCAGCUCAGCCACCGCGUAGUGUAUCCACCUCAGAUUCCGGCGAAGAGCAAGUCGUAUCAUCAAAUUCAUCUGCAGGCAGCACAGCAGGGCUGUUAGGAGAAAAUGAACGGUUAAGAAAAGAGAAUCUACAGCUCAACAAAGAGUUAUGCCACAUGAAGAAGCUUUGUGGCAAUAUAUACAGUAUGAUGUCGAAUUACGAAGACACUUCCAACAGCGUUAAUAAUCAAUCAGCUGAGAGUAUUUCGCCUUUACCGGUGUUGAAGCCGCUCGAUCUCUUACUGAAUGAACGGUCUGUUGAUGAUCAAUCAGAGAUUCAAACUGUACCUGAUCGGGUCAAACCGGAUGAUGUGCGGGCGAGAUUAUUCGGUUUUUCGAUAGGCGUGAAACGUGUUAGGGAAGGUGGUGAGGAAGCAACAACGGCGGAGCAGGAGCAUGAUCAUGAUUUACGAUUGCGGCAACCUGGAAGAACGGAUGUGAAAUCUGAACCGUCGGAUCAGGAAAAUGAUGAUAGUAGUAAAAACGAAGAGACAUCGUGGCUGAUAAAUUGCAGUGGUGGACGAAAUCAAAGGGUUUGUAAUUCAUAGAGUUGUUGGUGUGAGUAACUUAGAUUAGAUUAGAGAUUAGAGAUUAGCUUAUCAAAAUGCCAAAGAUCAAACAGG